UCACAACUUCAGAAUCCCUUCUUACUUCGUCUACCAAAACUUAUCUCAAAACUACCACGCGCUACUACAAAAAAGGACAUAUUCGGAACGCAGCUGCUUAUACAGUCAGCAUGGAACAUAACCCCGCCGAUCAAGACGAGGUUGUGUCUCAGUUCUGUACCAUGACCGGGGUACGUCCUGAAGAGGCAAAAGAGUACCUCGUAGCCAAUGGAUGGGAUCUCGAGGCUGCCGUGACCGAAUUCUUUGCCGAACAAGACGAAGCCUUACAAGAGGGAAACUCGGGCGCAGGCCAAACUCUUGGAACAAAUGAAUCAGUGCCAUCAGCAGGCCGGUCGCUAGGUGGCAGUUCUUCUCAGUCUCCUUCACUUACACCUCAACCAUCCUCCGCAUCACGCAAGUCCGCCCCGAAAAAGAGGUUCGCGACGCUAGGUGAUUUCUCCGGCGGCGGUGAUGACUCCGAAGAGGAAGACGACAUAGAGAAUCAAGAUCUCUUUGCUGGAGGUGAGAAGUCCGGGUUGGCUGUACAGAACCCUGAUGAUAUCAAGAAGAAGAUUAUCGAGAAAGCCAGAAGGGCCCAAGCCCCAGCAUCUGAUGACUCGGAGCCCCGACGGUCUUUCUUUACGGGUCCCGCUCGUACACUCGGCGGUGAUGACACCCCCAGUCGGGUCAUUGAUGUUCCAAACGAACCUACGCCGCGAUUGCCGCAACGCGUACGGCGGACACUGCACUUCUGGGCUGACGGGUUCUCCGUGGACGACGGCGAUCUUUACCGUUCCGAUGACCCCGGAAACGCAGAAAUCCUCGAGGGUAUUCGACAGGGCCGCGCUCCUCUUUCUAUCAUGAAUGUGCAGCCCGGCCAGGAGGUAGAUGUAGAGAUCAAGCCGCACGAAGAGAGAUAUGUUAAGCCAAAGCCGAAAUACAAGCCUUUCGCCGGAACUGGGCAACGACUUGGAAGCCCAACGCCGGGAGUGAGGACGCCAACUCCCCCGACUGCCCCCGCCCCCGCUGCUGGACAGGUCAGCUCCGAGCCUGCGAAACCUACUGUGGAUGAAUCGCAACCCAUCAUUACCCUUCAGGUCCGACUUGGUGAUGGCACCCGUCUGACAUCCCGAUUCAAUACUACACAUACCAUUGGUGAUGUCUAUCAAUUUGUCACUGCCGCCAGUCCAGAGAGCCAGAGCCGUCCCUGGGUGUUGAUGACCACAUUCCCAAGCAAGGAGCUUACUGAUAAGGCUACUGCUCUUGGGGAUCUAAGUGAAUUCAAGCGAGGAGGCGUUGUAGUACAGAAAUGGCAAUGAAGUAUUGUCUUCUAAUCCAUACUUAAGAGGUUGCACAGGCUGGGCGGGACGGGUUCGAUUGAUUCUAAACAUCUAAAGAUGAGGAUUGCACACACUACUGUUCCAUAAAAGACCCAAUAUUAUUGGAUGAUUCAUGGUAGUGAGCAAUAGACUACUAACUUGUCUCCUGAGAGCAAUAACGAGACAUCACAAGUUAGGCUUUAAGGAAGUAUGUAUGUACAAAGUCUAGUAUCAGUUUCCAAAAAGAGCUCGGUAUACUUGAAAUAGCCUGGUUCAAUCUAAUGUAGUUUUAUAGCAUCGAUAGAGAGCAGAAGUUCUAAUAGUAACAUGUAACUUCCACCACCGUUACGUGAAGUUGAAUGAGCCGUCCAAUGGAAAUGGACAAGUCAAGUGAUUGAUAAGCAAAAUCCACUCCGCAGAAUGACGCAGAACUUCCGCUGGGAAAUUGGCAUUUGCCAUCUUAUC